AUGACGGAGGCUAAAGAUUUGUUGCAAGACGAGCAGUUUCUUAAGAUCCAGAGGCUCAAUUCUGCAGAACCCAACAAACGGCAUUCGGUCACAUACGAUAAUGUGAUCCUGCCACAGGAGUCCGUGGAGGUUUCUCCACGGUCGUCUACCACGUCGCUGGCAGAGCCAGCGACGUCCACGACCACUGGAGUGGACGUGGAGUCGACCAAGGCAGCACACGUGGCAGGGAAGCAGGAGCAGGAACAGGAACAGGAGGAGUACCCUGUGGAUGCCCACAUGCGAAAGUAUCUUUCGCACCUGAAGAGCAAGUCUCGGUCCAGGUUCCACCGCAAGGACGCUAGCAAGUAUGUGUCGUUCUUUGGGGACGUGAGUUUUGAUCCGCGCCCCACCCUCCUGGACAGCGCCAUCAAUUUGCCCUUCCAGACGACUUUCAAAGGCCCAGUGUUGGAGAAACAACUUAAAGAUUUACAACUGACCAAGACCAAGACCACGGUCACGACUGCGAAGAAAACAGAAAAAGCAGAUGCUCCCCCAGGAGAAAAACUGGAGUCGAACUUCUCAGGAAUCUACGUGUUCGCAUGGAUGUUCCUGGGCUGGAUUGCCAUCAGAUGUUGCACGGAUUACUACGCAUCGCACGGGAGCACGUGGAACAAGCUGGAAAUCGUGCAGUACAUGACUUCUGAUCUGUUCACGAUCGCGAUGUUGGACUUGGCGAUGUUCGUGUGCACUUUCUUUGUGGUGUUCGUACACUGGCUGGUGAAAAAAAGGAUCAUCAAUUGGAAGUGGACCGGGUUCAUUGCAGUGAGCAUUUUCGAGCUGGCUUUCAUCCCCGUGACUUUCCCCAUUUACGUUUACUACUACAAUUUCAGCUGGGUCACAAGGAUCUUCCUGUUCUUGCACUCCGUAGUGUUUGUAAUGAAGAGCCACUCGUUUGCAUUUUACAACGGGUAUCUUUGGGACGUAAAGCAAGAACUUGAAUACUCUUCCAAGCAGCUACAAAAAUUCAAAGAAUCACUGUCCCCAGAGACCCGCGAGAUUUUGCAAAAAAGCUGCGACUUUUGUCUUUUUGAAUUGAAUUACCAGACCAAAGACAAUGACUUCCCGAACAACAUCAGUUGCAGCAAUUUCUUCAUGUUUUGCCUUUUCCCCGUCCUCGUGUAUCAGAUCAACUAUCCAAGAACCCCGCGCAUCAGAUGGAGAUACGUGUUGGAGAAGACCUGCGCAAUCAUUGGCACCAUCUUCCUCAUGAUGGUCACUGCGCAGUUCUUUAUGCACCCGGUAGCCAUGCGCUGUAUCCAGUUCCACAACACGCCAACCUUCGGCGGCUGGAUCCCCGCCACCCAAGAGUGGUUCCACCUACUUUUCGACAUGAUUCCGGGCUUCACCGUCCUCUAUAUGCUCACCUUUUACAUGAUAUGGGACGCUCUACUGAAUUGCGUGGCGGAGCUGACCAGGUUCGCGGACAGGUAUUUCUAUGGCGACUGGUGGAAUUGCGUUUCGUUUGAAGAGUUUAGCAGAAUCUGGAACGUCCCCGUUCACAAGUUUUUACUAAGACACGUGUAUCACAGCUCCAUGGGCGCAUUGAAUCUCAGCAAGAGCCAAGCCACCUUGUUCACUUUUUUCUUGAGUGCCGUGUUCCACGAAAUGGCUAUGUUCGCCAUUUUCAAAAGGGUCAGAGGAUAUCUGUUCAUGUUCCAACUGUCGCAGUUCGUCUGGACUGCUCUAAGUAACACCAAGUUUCUACGAGCAAGACCGCAGUUGUCCAAUGUUGUCUUUUCGUUUGGUGUGUGUUCAGGGCCCAGCAUCAUCAUGACAUUGUACCUGACCUUGUGA